AUGCGAGUCCUUUGGUGGAGUGUUGUAACGCUCCUGUUGUGUCUCGCAGUGACCAGCGCCCAGCGAACUCAGACUGACACAGCAAGAGUUAGCAGGCGCUUUCAAAAAUCAAAUAGAAGUUUUGAAAAUGCGAAUAAAACAGAAAAUGUCGCUACAAAUUCAAGAUCUCCGGUAUCGAGAAGAAGAGAAGAAAGUACAGUUCGGAAUAAACCAAACGAAAAUGUCUCUCGAACGAGGAGUCGCACUAAACCUUCUGAGGUAUCCUCCACAAAUACACCUCAAUUACAAACCGAGGCAAUGGAGCAAUUUGAUUCAAGAAAAUCAAACAACCGGUUACGUAGUCGACGGCCAAUUAUCGACGAGGCAAAUUUUGAUACAACCUUAAAUAGAGAUAAAAGUAAAAGCAGACAACGACAAACAAGUAGAUAUACCACGGCUCAAACAGUUCAACCAACACAGAUUUUAGAAACAGUAACAUCAUAUUCAGAACCAUCAUUUAGAACAACAACUAAAGCUACUAAUUACGAUGAUACUUCAAGACAAACAAUGGAAACUACCAACAAUCAGUUGAGGAGAAGGAGUUCAACAUUUCGGACAGUUGAAAUAACAACUCCUUCAAGAAUUCGCGGUCGUAUUAAUACCCGCCCUGAUACAAGACCUUUAGAUUUGGAGGUUUCAGGAACAGCAAACGCAUUAAUUUCUGCGCCGAAAGAUCCUGUAAAUGUUGAAAAUAGAAACUCAAGAAAAUUAAAAUACAGGACAAGACAGUCAGAAACGGAUACAAAUUUAACUGGGGAAGAUGUUUCAUCAUAUGGAAGGGAGAGAAAGUCUAGUCAAACAAGAGGAUAUUUCACUAGUCAAUCAGUUUCAAAAAAUAUUUUAUCAUCAUCCACUGAAAACAUAGUUGAAAAAAGUAGAAAUGAAAAUACAGCAAGAGCAACUAAAGUUGUAAAGCGUCCUGUUUCCCGCAGAAAAACGAAUAAUGGCCUUAAGAAAGAAAAAACAAAACUAUCAGAUGAAGUUACCGAUGAUGACAACUAUCCUGAAACUUUUAAAGCAUUGAUUCAAGCAAAAAAUGCAUCGCUCCGCAGUAAAUUAAACGCAGAAGAUGAUAAAAAUAAUACUGAAAGUGAUAUCGUUGUAAGCGUAACACCAAUUGCAACGACAACAGAAAAUUCUAAACCUCCAGAGUAUAGAUUAAGAGGAACAUACACUCCGCGAAAUAAGAUAGUUAAUAACUCCUUUCCUCCCGUCAUACCGUCUUCAACAGUAGCUGCGUCAACCCAGAGGCCUUAUAAGUUUAGCAGAAAAGCAAAAGCAGUUACAACAGAGACCCCUUCGGAAGAUAAUACUGUAAAAACAAAGCGUAUAGAAACUAAUGUUUUUCAUAAGAAACCAAUUCGUUCAUCGUUUUAUCCAAAACGGAAUUUUACAAGAAAAAAUAAUAUAAGUUCAGAUGUUCCUAAAGUGACAAUAACAGAAAGAAGUAAUGGUAUGAGAACAUUUCACAGUUUUAAAGCUCGGCAAGUUUUACCCAGAACAGCUUAUUACUCUAGAUCAAGAACAAGCCCAGAGACUGUUGCUAUAACAACGGAAGGAGAAGUUAAAGAUGAUAACGAAGUUUUAUUUGCGGAUAAAAAAAUUGAAAAUACUGCAGACUCACCUUUGAUUUAUACGUCUAAAUCUGUGACCUACAACGACACCAAUAAUCCCAGUUUAUUGACCAGAAACGAUGUUAAUAAUAAACUACAAAAAUCGUUUGUAAUUAAAGUUAACAGUAAGGAAUCAAUAGAAAAUAGUACUGAUAAUGAAAUAAUCAAUAAAUUAGAUGAAGAUAAUAAACCAGCAGCAAGUGUAGAUUCUACAACACAGAAAUAUCACGCAACAUAUAAUGAUCCUGUUAACGAAAACAAAGAAAAAGGUGCUACAACUUCUCAACCGCCUAUAAGAAAUAUUCUUACUAGGAAGUUUAGUCGUAAAACUGCAAAACCGAAAGAAGAACAAAGCACGGUAGCGCCAAAGAACAGGGACAGAACUUUAAGAAAAUACAGUGACACUUUCUCUAAAACGACCGAGGCUUCAUCAAAUGGCAUCAUAGCUGACAGUGAUAAACCAAAAAAUAAAUUUAGCUCUAAAUAUAGAGCAUCAUAUCUAGAUAAGCCAUUUUACAAACCCACAGUACCGACAAUAACAACAUCCACUGUAGAGGGCGAAGAUAUACUUUUAGGGCUAGAUUUGAAUGAAAUCUCUUUUACAAAAACACGAAGUUCAUUAACCUCGGCUGAUCUAAAACUUUCCGAGAGCCUGGCGAAACCAUUACAAGUCAUGAAUGUAGAGGCGUCACACCAUUCACCCUCAGUUACAGUAUCGAUUUUCGAUGCUCUAGCUGAAAUACUUACAUCCACACCUAGACCUCGUAUUUCCUCAACAACAGAAGUUACGAAUAACCAAAACACUAAUUCAGAUGUUAAGCAAACAUUUGACGCCGUGAGUAACAAUAAUAAUGUAAAUAGUGUCAGAGACUUGAGUAGUCCAGACACAGCCAUGACAAAGGAUAACAUAAACACUGUUCAAUCUGUACAAAUCACUGAACCGACUACACCGAUUGUGUCUAACAGUAUGCCUCCUGGGGAAUCUUUUACACCGUCACUUAAUGGUGAAGAUAAGAAAAACAUUAUUGUGACUACUACAACAAUAUUUCCUUCGACCACUCCUAUUCCUCCUUCCACCACACCUUUAUCCGCACGAAAACCUUUUGCUAUAAAGAUUUUAUAUGCAGAAACAGAAUCACCAAGAGACAAAACGACCUCAGUAUCUACUUUACCUAAAGCAACGACUGACAACCCAAAAAUGGUACAUAAUACAAUGUCUAAUCUCAUAUUAUUUAAUAAUAAAAUAGUUUCCUCUGAAUUAACAAGCAUGCUAUCAAAUAAUAUCAAAAAUAUAAUACAAGAUAUGGAUGAUGGCAGCAAAGGUAGAUUGUCUGUAGAGAUGGCAAAGUUAUUAAAAUCCCUGAUUCCAAAGUUGUAUGAAAAAUCAAUUACUUCGAAUAAUGACAUUGACACUUCUCCAAAUACCACUCCCUAUAGUUUAGAGGACAUAAAAGAUACUGAAAAUAUAGUUGUAGGUGGGGACGAGGUUAUAAAUAUAAGUAGUAGUAAUUUAUCCCAAAAUGUAGAUAAUACUGUUGUAAAUAGCACAGUAGAGAACCUUCCUGUAAAUAUUCCUUUUUCACUUGAAGAAGUUGGAAGCACUGCGUCGACGCUUGGAGAUCAGACUACUUUAACUAAUAGUGAAUCUAUAACUACGACUGAAGGUUCCACUUCAGUUUCGGAACCUUUUACGGAGGCUCCAAGCGUAGACGUUUUUGUAAAUAACGACAAUAGCGUUAAUUUAAAUGACAAAGAUUUUACUAACAGUAACACUCCAGUUCCUUUUCUUACCAAUUUCGAAUUAAAUGACUUUAAGACAGUUGAUGACGUUGGCCUUGAAAGUGUUCAGAAUGUGACGUCAAGUAUACCAGAGCCCAUUUUAAACCCAGUUUCCAAACCAAUUUCAUCAUUACAAAUUAGUGAACUAGAAGGUAUUGAUAAUAUAGAGGAUCCAAGCCAAUUGUCGCGACUGCAACUAUGGAUAUUAUCUAAAAAAGCCAGAGUUUUAAAAAUGAUUGAGGACUUAAUCCGUAAUCAUAAUGAAGAGAUAGCAAAUGCUCCUUUAACUGAGUUAAUUACCAACUCAAACAAGAACUUAAACUUUUCUAAUCGUUUGAAUGAAAUCGUAAAUACUAUGACCACUACAAUUAGAAACUCUGACAUAAGCGAUGAACAAGGUAUGACUUCGACAUCUGUGACAACUCUUCCUAAAACAACAACCCCUACAAUUCCAACUCCUCUAUCCAUUCAAAGUACAAAUUUAUUAACGACAGAAUCAUCUGUAACGGAAACAAGUGUGGCUGAUAUGACAGUUACAACUCCAAUGUCCAAUUCUCCCUUCAUAAGUAUGGAUACCACUGAAAAAUUUAGUCCCACAACAACAACUGAUGAAAGUGUUUAUAGCACUGUUACCCCUAGCAACGCAGAUUUGACAACGUUAAAAGACAAUGAAAUAGCAACGACAAAUGCAGAAAUUGUUGAAACAACAACACCAUCUGGGCUAGAGGAAACUACUCUCGUACCAAUCCAAACUACAGAUUCAAAUAUAAUGAUCGAAAAAUUAUUAGAUUCCACAAUAGCAGCAAGUACUGAAACAAGUAGAGUAUCUCAAAAUACGAAUGAAAGGAUUAUUAGCAAUGCAAGGAACGAACUAAAUGUUGCUACAACUCCAGUAAUUCCUAAAAAAGAUUAUGUUAUUUUUGGGAUAUUACCCAACAAUACUGUGGUACGUAAAGAUCCUAACGACAAUGUUCUGGAGUCAUUAACAGAAGCGAGUCCAUACAUCAUUUACGGCGUACUACCAAAUAACACAAUAAUACGAAAAUUUCCUAAUGGAACUAGAGUACCACGUAUCAUGCCAAAAAUUGACAUACUACCAAUCAGUCCAUGGAGUCUAAGAAAUCCAUAUAGCCCCAUCCAUAACAUUCCGGCCAUUGUCAGACCGCAGUCUAAUCCUUUCCGAGUUUCCACUAAUACUAUGACAUCCACAGAAACCUCAAAUAACGGAUCAGAAAACCGAUUAACCAACGACACUAUGUCUUCAUCGGCACUAAACAUAAAAGAUAGCAGUUCUUUGGGUAUAAGUACCACAAAUAUGCCGCCAGCUGAAAAAAGCACUGCCUCGCAUGUUUUGAGUUUGCGCACUACUACAAUGCUACCUUCUAUUGAUGAGAUUUUGCUUAAUAGCAUUUCUUCGGCAAUUAAAGAGGAGAUGGUUUUAUCCUCCAUGACAAGUUCAACUAGUGAACCAAGAAUAUUAACACUGGAUAUCGAUCCGGAGACAAAACAAAUACGAACAGAAAAACCAAGUGAUGGAAGUGGAAACACGGUAUUUAAAUUUAUUCCCAUUGACCAAGUAACCGUUUCUGAUGAAGAAUCUAAUGUUCUUAAACUUGCCACAAGUAAAAUGCCUAAUUCUUUGAAUGCAGACAUACAAAUUAGUACAACUAGUUCUGUGACUGAAUCUAGCACCCAAACACAAGUACAAAUUAAUAUGGCAAAUGAUAUUUCCACAACAACAGUACAAUCGACCACGGAAGCCUUUUCCGAAAUAAAUAGUGAAAGAACAACAAUAAAACCUGAAACUACAGAAACAGUACCCACAAGUACUGUACCACAAACGACUUUUUCAAUACCAGAGCAAACACUUAUUACAGUGGAUGUGGCUACAACAGUACCGUCUGUAUUUUCUACCAGGAACCCAACCACAAUUACAGUGGAACCUAUGACUCUACCAGACAUUGCUCCAACCUCAACAACAGAGUUAUCGACUGUUACACAAACAUCUAAUACAAAUCCCUCUACAUUAACUACAAGUAAUUUAGAAACAGCGUCUUCUAAUCAAAAUGAAGCGGAACUUCUUCAAUCUUUACUGCAAGAAAUCGGAAGAAGCCCCAAAAAUUUAAACAGUUUUGGAAUGUCCAAGCAACAGAUACAAUCGUUUUCACAAUCUAAUAAUGUUAGGCCGAAGAAAAUAGAAACUACAACACUGCGUUCCAUUGAAGAUGACAUUCGCCAGUUUGAGGAAGAUACAAAAUUACUCAAAGCACUUUUACAGGCUACAGGCCGUAACCCAGCAGAGCUAAACUUGCCUAGUUUGGAUAAUAUAAGGCAAAUUGUAGGAGGAGCAACUACUACAUUAGUACCCACUACAGACAGAAUAACUACAACUACUCAAAGAACUACAACUACUACUAUGCAACCAACUACUACUACGGUACCAACUACUACCAUACAAACAACGACUACCAGGCCAACAACAACAACUAUCUUAUCAACAACAAAUACUAUUCAACCUACAACAAAAAAUUCACUUAAUGAUGACAUAAGAAAACUUCAAGAAGAUACACAGCUCUUACAAGCGCUAUUACAAGCUACAAGAAAUAAUAAUGUGAAAUUACCAAUUAUAUCCGGAGUGACAUCUAACGUGAGAGUAGCUUCAAAUCCUUUUACUACGUCAAAAGAACCAAAUCCUACCACUAACAAUGCUCGACCGGUUUACACGACGAAACCGUUACCGAUAAUUACUACUCUCAUGCCUGGAACUGUUACUGUUUCAACAUUACAGACUCAACAGCAGAAUGGUGAAGAAUUUGGAAUAUCAACAACAUUCCGACCGUUUAAUGAACGGUCAACAACCACCACACGUGGUGCAGGCGAUAUCUCUACAACAUCGAGAUCUGGAAAAUCUUCACAAUUCAAGCUUACUACUGAAAUUCCUAGCACAUCUACUUUUUCAGACGAAGAAGAUUUAGCGUUUUUGCAAAAUCUGAAAUCCGUACUUAGUACCAAAACGGGGAAUGUUGAUCCAGAAACAGCUUUAGCUAAUCGCGUUAUUGCUUUGGCUGUGGAAAAAAGUCUCAAUGAAAUACAAACGGGGAAAAUUACAACAACAAUGAAGCCGACAACAACAACCAGAGCCACUACAACAACGCGUAGAACAACUACAAGGACACUUCCAAACACUCCUUCUAUAGAAGACGAUAUUAAACAAUUUGAACAAGAUACUAAGCUUUUACAGGCUUUGUUGAAAGCGACUGGACAAGAUCCAUCUAAACUAAAUUUACCUACGCUACCACCUACUACCAGACCGUUGGGUGGCAUAGACUCAACUAAAUCAAGUAAUCCUACUACGGUAAAGCCGUAUGGAGCAAAAAUUGCAGUAAAAGAUGAACUAAAGAAUGAACAAGAUGAUGCUAAACUUUUACAAACAUUAAUAAAGUUACAAGAUGCUCAGGAAACGACUACGCAACGAAGUAAAAUAGCUUUGACUGGCCAAUCAAGUGACGAAGCUUUGAAAAAAUUACUGCAACAAGCUCAACCGUCGGGAAUGUUAUCUGAAGCGACAAAAUCAUCAGUUUCAUUAAGUACCGAAUAUGGAAAUAGCAACGACGCCUUACUGGCAGCGCUUCUGAAGGAGCAAGGUUUUGGCCCAACCACGGCAAGUUCUUUGGAUGAGCAACUUCGACUGGCUGCUUUAUUGAACCAAGUGGUAGUAACACCGAAAGCGAGGCGAACGACUACACCACCUCCGCCCCCAGCGCCGAGACGACCGAUCCUAGAUGGUUUGGCGUGGUUGUGGCAACAGUGGAGGGAAACUGGCCCAGGACCUGAAGGAGCUGCGAGGCCCAAUAGAAGACCAGCACCUUCCGAGAGGCCAGCUCCAUCCGGGGACACCAGUUCGAGAGUGAACUGGUUCGGCUCCGGCCCAUUUGUAGGGAACGCUGACGAAAAACCAACGUCAAACAGAAUUCCGUUGGAGCCUCCAAGUGUUGUGACGACGGAGCAGGGUCCUGGUCGGGGUCAGCUAGUGUCCGCUGCCAUAAAUGUGACACGAGCCUUCUCCCAGUUCUUAGGAGCAGCCAUACAGGGAGCGGCGCAAACUGUCCAGAGUGUGUUCAGAUAUGGCCAACGCGCUGCAACUGAUACCUACACAAACGGUUCGGGUUAA